GCCACCACCGUCCCCAUCCACAUCAACCCAAGCGCCGCCGCCAUGCCCUCCGACUCCCUCAUGCCCAGGAGCGAGUCCUUCAACGCCCGCGUCCGCGGCGCCUCCCACAUAGACUUCAAGACCGCCACCACUGGCGUCGCCGCAAAGGCCAUGCGCAACGAGAUCAGCAAUCUCGUCAAAUCUGUCCAGGAUCCCGAUACCAAACGCGCGUUCGACAUCGAGAUGCAGUCGUUCUUCUUCCUCUUCACGCGCUAUCUCUCCGAGCGCGCUAGGAGUCAGGAACUUGAUUGGGAGAAGAUCAGGUCUCCUGAAGAGGACAAGAUCGUCCCGUACGCCAAGCUCCCCACCGGCGAUGCGAAAAACCUGAACAAGCUUGCCGUUCUCAAGGUCAACGGUGGCCUUGGUACGUCUAUGGGUAUGACGGGUGCAAAGUCUGCGCUCGAGGUCAAGGACGACAUGACCUUCCUCGAUCUCACCGUGCGCCAGAUCGAGCACCUCAACACCACGUCCCGCGUCGACGUGCCGCUCAUCCUCAUGACAUCCUUCAACACGCAUGAGGACACACUUCGGAUCAUCAAGAAGUACGCGAACCAGCAGCUGCGCAUCACGACAUUCAACCAGAGCCGGUACCCGCGUAUCUACAAGGAGACCCUACUGCCGUGCCCGAAGGCGGCAGACGACGACAAGAAGCACUGGUACCCCCCGGGCCACGGUGACUUGUACAAUGCGCUGUACCAGAGCGGAGUCCUCGACCAGCUACUUGCGGAGGGCAAGGAGUAUUUGUUUGUGUCCAACUCGGACAACCUUGGCGCGGUCGUCGACGAGCGGAUCUUGCAGCACAUGAUCGAUUCGCAGGCGGAGUUCAUCAUGGAAGUCACGGACAAGACCAAGGCGGACGUCAAGGGCGGCACGCUGAUCGACUAUGAGGGCCAGAUCCGCCUGCUCGAGGUCGCCCAGGUCACGUCGGAGCACGUUGAGGACUUCAAGUCUGUGCGCAAGUUCAAGAUCUUCAACACGAACAACCUGUGGAUCAACCUGCGCGCGUUGAAGCAGAUCAUGGAGAGUAGCGAGAUGGAGCUCGAGAUCAUCGUCAACCCCAAGACCACGGAUGAUGGUCAGGCUGUCAUCCAGCUCGAAACUGCUGCUGGUGCCGCGAUCAAGCACUUCCGCAACGCACACGGCGUCAACGUCCCGCGCUCGCGCUUCCUGCCCGUCAAGAGCUGCUCCGAUCUGCUGCUCAUCAAGUCCGACAUCUACUCUCUCGAGCACGGGCAGCUCGUCAUCAACGAGAACCGCAUGUUCGAGACGACGCCGGUGAUCAAGCUGGGCGACCACUUCAAGAAGAUCGCGCAGUUCCAGAAGCGGUUCAAGAAGAUCCCGAAGAUCAUCGAGCUCGACCAUCUGACGGUGACGGGCGAUGUGUACUUUGGGCGCAACGUGACGCUUCGGGGGACGGUCAUCAUCGUUGCGAACGAGGGACAGAGCAUUCAUAUCCCCGACGGAUGCAUCCUCGAGAACCGACUGCUCUCGGGCAACCUUAACAUGAUCGAGCUAUAAGCUCGCCCUACAUACCCACCGCGAACGCCGCACCGCCUCUCCCCAUCCUUCCGCGCACGCGGGGCGAUGUCAUACCCGCGGCACAUCCGGAUACGCACACAUAUACUCACCAUGACGGACAUCAUGAAGUGUCCCAUCUACGAUCCUCAGUACUCAGUCUCCAUAGCGGUUUGGUCUCUCAUCCUCAGUCAUAGACGGGCGGCAUAGCACGGACUCGAAUAGUGUAGCAGGCGGUCGAAAGCAAUCGUACCUUGUGUUGAUAGCAGGUUUAUAAUGUGCGAUAUGUUACGUUUCAAGUCUCCAA